GUAAAGCCACUAGUACGCCCAGCGUUUCGGGCAGGAAAUCUUCACUGACGUAAAAAAGGUAGUUGCUCUAGAAUGAGAUCCUUGUUAGCUGUGUCAGAAGCAGCUUGGAGGUCAAGAAAGGCAACGUUUGUGUCUGGUUCCUGUCUGAUGAAGUACUCAACACAGCAAGAUUGUGUACGUCUCCCAGGUAGAAGAAAACCAUGCAAGUUAGAAUGGCAUGUUAGUCGCCUGUUUGAUGCCGGGAACGCUGUCAGUGGUUUCUCCAGCCGUGAGUCCCAAGUGUUUGUCAACGCGCCGAGAAUGACGCCAGAGAAGAGACCAGCUGAAGACGAAGAGGAGGAGCAGGAGGCGAAGAAGCUGAAGGAGGACACGACGCCUUCAGUAACGGAGGCGUUGCAAGAUGAGACGAGCCAAGACAGUGUCGCCUCGGACUCGGCCGCAUCUUCCGAUCCCGAGAAAAAGAGAAUGAAUCUUCCAGAAAAUAGAGGAACUCUUGUAUACACAGGAUGUACCCAGUGGGAGUAUAUUGGGAGGAGGAACCUGAAGAGUAUUCCAUCUAUGAUACAUUAUUUACCGCGACGCAUUUCAUCUCUCAAAGGAAUUCGUGUGGCAUUUGUGACAUCUCAUUGUUCCGCAGCUCACUCCAUCAUCAUCACAGAAGAGGGCAAAGCUAUGUCACUUGGUCGCAAUGAAAAAGGUCAGCUAGGUGUUGGUGAUACAGAAAAUCGGAGUGGUAUCAUGGCAAUGGAUACCAUGGCAGAAUUUACUGUGGUGUCGGCUGCCGUGGGUCGUAAUCACACGCUCCUCCUGACAGACCGUGGUAGUGUAUUUGCCUGUGGCGACAAUAAGUCAGGUCAGUGUGGUACAGGCAGCACUAAUGCCAUUAUCCACACUCCAUGCAGGAUCAGCUUUAAGGAGGCAAAGAUUGGUAAGGUUGCCUGUGGUGCUGAAUUCAGCAUGAUUAUUGACAAGAAAGGUUACCUUUAUUCCUUUGGCUUACCAGAAUAUGGUCAGCUGGGCCACAACACUGAUGGCAAGUUCUUCAUUACCAGCAACAAAUUGUCAUAUCAGCACGAGCGAGUACCGAGACGAGUCCCUAUAUUUGUGGAACGGAGCAAGGAUGGCCAUCCUACCCCAGUCACAGAUGUGCAGAUAGUAGAUAUCGCCUGUGGAAGCAACCACACAGUUGCAGUUGAUGCAAGGAAGAGAGCAUUUUCUUGGGGAUUUGGAGGAUAUGGAAGAUUGGGUCAUGCCGAGCCCAAGGAUGAAUACAUUCCCCGUUUGAUCAAAUUUUUUGAUGGCCAUAAUCGUGGAGUGGAAAAAAUUUAUUGUGGCUCAACCUUCACCAUUGGCAUCAGUGCCCUGGGUAUCUUCCUCUGGGGUCAAACUAGACGCACUGGAGAAGCCAACAUGUACCCGAAGCCACUACAAGAUCUUUGUGGCUGGGAUAUUAGAUCUGUUGGAUGUUCUGCUACCUCAGUAGUGGUGGCUGCAGAUGACACUGUUAUAGCAUGGGGGCCCUCUCCAACCUAUGGUGAACUGGGUCUUGGAGAGAAUAUAAAAUCGAGCACACAACCAAAAGAGGUGAAAGCACUGGAGGGAGCUCAUGUUAUGCAAGUUUCGUGUGGAAUGGGACAUGCAGUGAUGAUAGUCCGGGAUGAAUCGGAGAAAGACAAAGAGAUUUUGGAAAAACUGAAGGAAAUCACACUGUAAAAGAUUUGCAAUUGUCAAACAAGAUUGCAAAAAUUGUUUACAAGCAUAAUUUUUUAUGAAAAAUAUCUUCAUAGGAAGGUAUGGGAUUUGUCUCCUUAUUUUCUUUUUUAUAUUUCCUCUCCUUUUUUGGGACAUUUCAUAAUACAUUCUUUGACUUUCCUGUAUUAUUUUUGUAUCUUGAAACUUUAGAAAUUUGUAUAUUUCAAUUGUAUAAACAUUUCAUAUAAACACCUGGAAGUCAGGACAGUUGUGGGUAAAUUUCCUAGUAUCAGUUGAAAGUUUCUCACUGGCUCCGAUGCGGAGAAACACCACCACCACCACUACUGGUGGUGCUGUUUCACAAGACACUGGACGACUUAAAUCUCCCAUUUUACAAGACAAUGGAUGACUUAAAUCUUGUUUUACAUUAUAGUGGAUGACUAAAAUAUCUUGUUUCAUAAGACAGUACACGAAUUAAAUUUUACAUGAAGUAUAAAGGGCACCAAGUGUUUUUAAGGAGUUGCACGAAUUACAACUAUCAUCCGUCUGACAAGGGCGUAUUUUGGUGUCGGUACAGCAACCUUAUAACUUACCAUAAGAAUGCUCACUAAUAUUAGGAAAUCACAGCAUGAAGGCAAUAUUACAGAAUUUAAGUUUUUUUUGGCCCUUGGAAUACACAAGUACCUUCCCAGAGGUUUUAGUUACUUUAAAGAUCCUAUAAUUAUAUUGUCUUCAUCAGUAAACGCAGGAAAAAAAGCUAUGGCCCUGGUUUUCUAUACUACUACAUGUACAAAAUAGUGGCAAGAUGCUUCGCUAAAGUCCUAUUCACAAAGUGCGUGUUAUUCCAUGAGAUAAUUCUGGGUAGCUAGCUCUUCUACCUCGUGCUAGAGUGAGGUUUAUACAGGAGGUUUAAACCAUCUCUUGUCUUUUAGACUUUCCUACUUGAAAAGUUGUGUAACACUUUUGGCUUGUCAAGGAGUAAGUAACUUUACCUUCCAGAAGUGAAGUAAUCUGUAUUAAUACAUGUAUGUAAAUGUUUUAUAUAUAUAAUAUAUAUAAAUUGUGUAUUAUAUAUGUAUUAUAUAAUUUAUUAUAUACAUAUAUAUAAAAUGCAUUCAAAGGAGUGCAUGAAGGAAUUUAUUGAUUCAGUGUACUUAGUCGAAUGUCACAUUGUGUCGGAAAUAUGAUUUACUUGUUUAUACAGUAUCUGGCACUUCCUUCUCCGAGCUGUUGCAGUACAAUGAGUUUGAGAGUUCCGUGACCUAUGAAACAUUUAUGCAUGGUAAGAUUGCAUCGUUGCUUUAUAAUGCUUCCAUUGCCUCAAGUACUCUUGAUAGGAGUCGUUAAGACUCUCGGGUUAGCAAAUGUGUGAAACACUCGACUAAGAUGUAUGAACCAUGAGAGAUGUGUAAACAUAGCAGUGAAUGCAUUUUGCUGCUGUAAUUUGCCCCCAUGCCUUUCUUCCUCGUCUUUCUUAUCUUGAUCUUAGACUGUUGUUUCUGCCACUUCCUACUGUCCCCUUUCUGCCUGCCCUCGGUCCCCCUUCUACCUACCCCUCUGUCCUCUUCUCUCUACCCUCUGUCCUCUUCUCUCUACCCUCUGUCCUCUUCUCUCUACCCUCUGUCCUCUUCUCUCUACCCUCUGUCCUCUUCUCUCUACCCUCUGUCCUCUUCUCUCUACCCUCUGUCCUCUUCUCUCUACCCUCUGUCCUCUUCUCUCUACCCUCUGUCCUCUUCUCUCUACCCUCUGUCCUCUUCUCUCUACCCUCUGUCCUCUUCUCUCUACCCUCUGUCCUCUUCUCUCUACCCUCUGUCCUCUUCUCUCUACCCUCUGUCCUCUUCUCUCUACCCUCUGUCCUCUUCUCUCUACCCUCUGUCCUCUUCUCCCUACCCUCUGUCCUCUUCUGCUUACUGUUUUCAUUAUCCCCUUACUCCCCUUCUUUCUAACUUGUUAAAUAAUAUUCUAUCUUCCUUUCACCCUGAAUAUUUCUUCCACCCUCUCUUAAUUGUUUUCCUCUCCCCUUUCUUCUCUUCCCCCUUGCCCUCUUCUUUUCACAUCUUUGCCUUUCUUAGAUCUCUCCAUUCCUUCUUUCCUCGCCUUCCUCUCCCAUUUUUCCUCCUCUCGCAUUUCUUCCUUCAUAUCGUUCCUUGCUUUUCCUCUGCCAUUGCUCUGUUUUUGUUCUACCUUUCCUCCAUGUCUUCCUUCCCCUUCCCUCAGUGCUAGUCCAAAUGUGUAAUACAUUGUUCCUUUGACAUGCCGCAUCAAAUUUAAUUGCAUUCAUGAACAUUAGAAUACAUAAUUACUUCAGUGAAACAUUUGAAUCUUAGAUAUUUUUAAAGGAGCUACAGUUUUCACUUAAAUUGCUUUUGUGUAUCAAAACCUUGCUGAACUUCUUCCACCUCUGUAAAAUACCAUCUGAUUAUUUCUUUGAUUUUAUUUCCAAAUAUGCUUGUCAUUUGGGAAACCAGUUUGUAUGCAUGGUACGUUAGAAUUACAGUCUGUUCUUGUUGUUCUCAGAUAUGGCUGCUUUGUUGAAUGUCGUAACCAUCAUGUCAUUUUGUACUUGGAAGGAGCAAGCUUCUACAGAAUACCGCUGGGGGGGUUUUAACAAUGUUUGAGAACAUAACUGUUACCUCCGGAUAGGGUUUCUCACUGGUGUCACUGUUGUUGGUGCGUAUGUGAUCAAUAUUUUGGAUAAUGCUUCUGGAUAACCCUUUGAUAUUGUGGUUGAAGAGAGCUCCUCUCUUCCCAUAUUAUGCUUUACUGAUGAGAUCAAGGAGAUAUUGUUCUAUAAACACAUUCCAGUUAGAUGACAACAUAUAUACCUCCUGGGAAUGAUAAUUUUUAUCUCAUUGUUAGAGAGGAUAUAGCUUUACUUGACAAAUGCUGAAAGAUAACUAAUAGUUUAAUUUAAACUACUUUUGAUCCCCCACUUGUAAAGAACUAAGCUUCAAAAAGUUUUGUAAAAUUGUUGAAUACACAAAUAGUUAACUUAUACGUAAGUUGAUUUACUACCUCAGUUUGUGUGGUUGCUGCACUCUACUGAGGGAGGCAGUUUGCUUAUAAGGCCCUGGGUGUUUGCCCUCACAAAUACUGGACUCCUGGUGAUGUUCAAGAUGCAUCUCUUUUUUUAUGGCUUUAAAUAUUUGUAUAUUAUAAGUAAUUGAAUCAUACUGUAUAAUAGGACCGAGAUAUGUUUGCUGACAGUGUUAAAGACUACAAAUUCCAAGGUCACAAUCUCAUGUCCUUCUUAGGAAUAGCUUUAAAUUUGUAUAUUAACCAUAUAACGUCUUGAUAUAGAAUACUUUUUGACAGGACAUAAAGUUUUGUAUUGCACAAAAAAAUGCCAAAAAACAAAUAAACUUAAUUGUAUGUCUGUCCACAAACUCACAAUUAACUGUAUAAACAUUUUCUUUGAAAGAGAUGUAGCUUAUAUGUCAGGGGAUAAUCUAGAAGGUUAGUCCUAAACUCAUUGUGUACCUGACUUACAUUAGUUUCUCAGUACCAUGACUGGGUGAAUAAGCACCCAUAAGGUUGUUAGUGGCGAUUGUUAAUGUAUUGUCUAAACCUUUGUCUUGGCAACAAUCAAAGUUCACGAUACACUGCCCUUAAACCUAGACUACUGAUGGAUUUCUUAAAAGAUUGAGCAGCUGCAAGCUUCACUUUCUUAGCUACAAAAUAACCUUUCAGAAUAUCACUUUGCCUUUUGCUCAAUUUGUCAUCAUUGCCUGUCAACUUUGGAAUAUUUUACCGAGAUAUUUCCGUCUCAUUAUUUGUCACUUCCGUAAGAAUGAACUUUUUCAAAUUUUUGUUGUAAUUUAUUUUGUAGUAAUGAUUUAAUAACGUGCAUGCAGCAUUUUUCAUAAAAAGCUCCGUUUUAAAUUGGGACAAUGAAAUGGGAGUAAACAUGUUGAAGGCUACUGCUGUGUCACUUCAGAAUCUAGAUAUACAGGUAUUGAUUUUGGAUUACCUUAGUCUUACUCUGGGAGAAAUGGUGUUGGUAAUGAAGUGCCUCACACUACAAGGAAAUUGAAUGAAAGUUUUAGUUUAAUAGUAUUAUUUAUGUAUACAUGCCUGAUAUUCACAUUGAAUAACUGGUUAAUUCUUCACCUUUCCAAAGUCCUUUAUUUUAUAUAUAUAUAUUUUUUUUAUUUCAGUCUGCCAAUAGUUUAAUAGUGCAUUAUGCAACUUUACAAGUGUGCCUAUAUGCAGCCUGCUCUGGUUUGUGUUAUUCAUUUAUAAAAGUUUGCAAGUAAUGUUGUCCUUUGUUAGGUUACCUGUUUACCCAGCAGCCAGCUGGUGUUACUCGACACAUGAGGGUUCAGAGAGGUAAUUAGCACGCCAGGUGUGAAUGGCUAGGAGGCUGGGCAUGAUGAACUAGAUCUCGUGCCCACAUAGGAACUGAUAGGUAAGCACUGGUAGAUAGACCACCCAGGCUGCAGUGGAUAUGUGGGCCUUCGGGCCGCUCGAAGCAACAGCCUGUUGGACCAAAUUAUCUCAAGUUGGGCCAGACUUGGGAAGUAGAAGAACUCCUGAAACUGUCUCCAGGUAUGCUCCAGGUAAGCUGUGUUUGAUCACACAUACACUUGGACCAAGCAAAGGUUAGCUACUAUUAGAAAAUUCGAAGCCAGAGUCAAUUUAGGGGAUAUAAAUAUGCAUUGUUUUGCUUUGCUGUUCCUUUAAAUAAUUGCCAGGGAUUUCCUUAGGGAUAUUUUUUAUUCUUGCAGAAGUUAGUUGAAGUGUUUAUUAUUUGUAGAAUUAUUUAAUAAUAAAGGACUCGCUCACAGAUGUAUAGACCAUGCAAGUAACUAAUUGUAAUAAUAACAGGUUACUUAAAAUUGAUCUUCUUUUGAUAAUUACUUACCCAAAAUUGAUAUUGGGCAACACAUUUUCAGUACAUUGCUUUUGUUACUAUAUUUGCAAUAAAUGGGCUUCCAGCUUCAUGGUAAAUGUCAUUACAGGGAAUACCAACAUGUAUGGGUUAUCUGUGUUUUGGGCCAAGUUUGUUACCCAAGUACGGUUAGUUUCGUGUUCACAUUCUUUUGCACAAAUGUUUUUCUAGUAGCAUUAUUUUCCAAAUAAUAUUGUCCAGAACAAAAGCCUUGUUUGUCAAUAUAUCACAGAGGUAUUCAAUAUGUUUUACACAUUCCCUCUUCUAAAUUAGUGGCAAUAUUUGUUAGAACAUCGCUACAUUACAGUAGGAUAGCCAUGCCAGAGAGGAUACCUUGAAAGAUUAAUGGUUCAGAUUGGGGGAAAAAACAUGUUAAAUAUCUGAAACCAUUAUUUUGUCAUCCUUUAAUUUUUUGCUAUUGAAUUUGGUUAUUUAACAUUUUUGUUGCCAAACUGUGUGAAUUCUCAAUUCUUCGUGGACCAGCAGAAUAGAGAAUUAUAACAUGGGGGAAUGUUAAUGAUCAGGUUGCAAGGUGUUUCAAACGAUGGGAAGUAUUACCACACAUUAACAUUGAUCCUGAAAAUGAUUUAUUGUUACAGAAUUUACUCUGAAGAAUCAUGUUUUACCAGUAGGCCUAAGCAUGGAUGAUUUUGGUAGGCUUGUUGGAAAAGUGUGAUGAUAUUUCUGGGAGUGGGGGGGGGGGGUUAAAUAAUGUAUAAUAAAUGUUGGUGUUAUAUUUAGUUUAGCAUAUACAGUACAAGAUGGCAAAAAACACAAAUUUUAUAUCUAGGAAAUGUUGGUAUUGUGCGCUCACGUGGAGACUCAUGAGCUACUCGCUGGUAAGACACUUGAACACAACAGUCGGGUGUGAUUGAAAUUACCGGUAGUUCUGUGCUCAGUAACUUUUAAUUGUAAUGACUUAAGAUAUUUUAAGUGAUUUUUAAUUCAUAUUUUUUUGUCACUCUCAAUACACUUCAUGUAUAGUGAAUUUGUAUUUUUGUUUGCUUAAAUUAUGUUUGUGUUUUUCUUAGGAAUUUAGCUUGUUUGGGAUUUUUAUGGUUUAUUGUAAAAAUUGCAAGACUCGUAUUUAAAGUUGAAACAGUGUGUGGAUUUGGACUUUGCAUAUUAGGAGGUUAACAUGUACCACGUCCCUUCUUGCACUCGGAGCUGUGUGGCAGAGAAAAUGUCAUGCACUCGGAGCUGUGUGGCAGAGAAAAUGUCAUGCACUCGGAGCUGUGUGGCAGAGAAAAUGUCAUGCACUCGGAGCUGUGUGGCAGAGAAAAUGUCAUGCACUCGGAGCUGUGUGGCAGAGAAAAUGUCAUGCACUCGGAGCUGUGUGGCAGAGAAAAUGUCAUGCACUCGGAGCUGUGUGGCAGAGAAAAUGUCAUGCACUCGGAGCUGUGUGGCAGAGUCAUGCCACAUUACCCACGUGCCAGAACAUGAACAGCAACUCUCGGACUGUUUGAACACGUGUCACUUGCUUGCCCAAGGAAUUAUAAACCAUUUUUAGUAUAGAUCUAGUUUGGCAGAUUAUAUACUGUGUGAAAAAUAAAGAACAUGAACAAAAGUGAAUUACCCUAAUAGAGAAAAUAUAAAAUUCAAAUGAAGGUUGGUUAAUUUGUAGAUGUAGCGAGCUACAAGUUGUAUGUGUAACAGAUUCAUUGGUGUAAAUGUGGCUCGUUUGAUGAUUAGUUACCAAGAGAAGGAACAUUUUAUGCACCCGUGUGCUUCAAUAAGGACCAAAAGCCAGCCGAUUUUAUUUUUUAACCUAUACACACAAAUUGUUUCAAAUUUGAAAAUUGGUUCAUUAAUACAGUAGAGGAAUGCUUAGUAUACAUUACUGUAGUUACAUGCAUCUUUAUUUUACUAGGACAAGCUGCUUUCUGCCGAUUUAAGGCAUCCAUACACGUGUGCAUUGUAUAGUACUGUACUUUCUAAGCAAAUUCAUGUAUAAUCAGCAGGCAAUUUUGGAUUUAUAUAUUUUGUGUGCAAUGGGGACCCUUGAAUGUGUCGUAUGUUUGCUCAGGAUAGUGAACCAAGAAGGUGUGCGUGCCUCAUUAGGUUUAAGUUUUUAUCUGUUUAAUUUAUUUGAUUAUGUUAACUUUAAGCUUGGAAUAACUUGCUAAUUUUAGGUCAUCUUCAUCAUUUUUGUGUUAGCAAUAUAUUCUGGGAUUGUUAGAGACUGAAAUAGCACCCAAAACCUGCAUUGUCUGCAGAGUAUUAUGAAGCAGUCAGUGGGAUCUUUAGUGAGACUUAGCAGUUUUUUUUUUAUUUUAAUUGGUAUACGAGGCUUUCUUGAUGGCAAGUAUUAGAAUGUUAUUGAUGGUUCUCGUUCUUUUACAGUAUUGGAAAGGGUUUAUGGUACAGUCCUUGUUCGUGUUAAAGCUAAUAGGUUAUACCAGGUCACACUGUAAAGGGAAGUAAGUACCACGGCCACUUAGUCGGCUGCUUGAGUGUAGCAACUAAUAGUGUUGCAUUACCCUGGAAGCAUUAAUGACAAAUGUUAUAUCUCCUGCAUAGACAAUGAUCAAGGGGCUCGCCUGUAACAUUGUUUCGAGGCCAUUGAUUCAAGUGUAACGCAUCUUUACCAGUGAAAGAAGGCUUUGCUAUAUUUAAUGUUUUGAAGAAAAAGUUUGCCAUUUUGUUUAGUGCUAAUUUUCUUGUAUGUCAUUUCACAAUACUCCUUUAUUUGGACCUGUACAGUGAUAGGUUUUGUUAGUUUUAAUCGAGAUGUCUUAUUGAAGUAUUACAUUUCUUUGAUUUUCCAAGUAGCAGUCAUAUAAUUGAACUCUGAAAGUACUAUUUAACAUUCCUUUUAAUGUAGGGAUGGAAAAUGAUUGUUAUUUUUCUUCAGUAAAAGAUUCUCAAAUCAUGAUAAUAGCAAUUUUUUUUUUUAAUUACCUAGUUCUCUUUGUAAAUUUAGCACCUAACUAGUCUAGGUUUAGGAUUAACAUGUAUAGAAUAUGCAUGUACAACUUAAUUCGCAGUUUCAUGAAGAUUUUAGAUACGUAGAAUCACUUUUUACAGCCUAUUUAUUUUUAUACCAUGUGUGAUGCAACUCAUGGACACAAUUCAUCAGUAUUACAAGAACAAUUGUUUUGGCAUUAUAUCAAACUAUAUUUUUGCAGUACCUCAUUCAGAAUUCUAGGAGUUGAAAUUUGAGCAACUUUUGCUCAAAAUGCUUAAAUUUUUUGCAAUAGUAGAUUUAAAUGUGCUAUUAUUUUAAGAUAAUUGUAACUUUUGUCUCCUGACAUUCUUGUUAAUAUAAAUGAUAUUAUUGGAAAUGGCAUUUGCCAAAAUAAAUAAAAAGUUGAGGCUGCAUUAGCAUCAUACUGUA